GGGGCUGGCUGAUUAUGGUUUUUCAGCACCGCGGACAGCUCCCGUCUCCUGUCUCUGGACUGUGGAAGGAGGCGACACAUCUGGACAGUUUUAAAACAGCCGACUCGCAUCGAUCCACGCAUUAACCCCACUUUCACACCGCAGCGCUCCACCUCCCGUUCCUUCUCCGUUUCUCCUGCUCUGUGUCUCCGUGUUUUUUCGGCCUCAGUGUGGACUGCAUUGUCAAUGCGUCUUCAGCUUGUAUCCCCAUCACCUCCUGCUCUUCCUGUUAGUGGCAACAACGGUGCAGUGAAAGUACUUUUUUUGUAGGAGGGAAGUUUUUCUUUCUUCCUUUUUUAAUCUUUUACAAAUCUUUUCAGUCUGAGACGCCGCUGCUUUGGUUGCUUGAUGAUGAUAAUGAUGUUGUUGAGGUGUGGUUUUUUUCUCAAAGCACAGGUGUGGAUGUGAGGCUAAUUCGGGAUGCAGAAGGAGGAUGAAGUUGAAUGGUUUCGGUGCAUGCUCAGAGAUGAGAUAGGCGACCUGCAUCCGCAACAUUGGCUAUAAUCCUGAGAUCAGAGUGGAGCAGACGCAUUCAUUUUUGUGGACGACCACCAGAGUGCAGGAUGAGGUGCAUCUGUGACUUUUUAAAUUGCACCUAAGAGAGACAGAGAGAGACAGAAAGAGACAGAGGGUCCUUUUUUUAGCCUGCUACCUCUGCAGGGAGCGACGCUUUCUUUCUUUACAGCUGCCACACCGAGUUGGGUUCCUGCAUCUGAGAGGACACCGAGAACUCUGGGAAAACAAAGAAAGCUGAGUGGUCUUCGUUCCUCUCCACCCCCGAACGUAAAUCAUCUAUAAAAGGCGCGGUAGAAAAUGAAGAAGUUUCGGAAGGUGCUGGACGGCUUGACCACCUCCUCUCCCGGGGGUACUAUCGGAUCCCCAUCGUGCGGCAGCGCAGCGGGGACUCCCACCUCGGCGCCAACUCCCAAAGACAUCGACAUCCAGGAGACACUAGUGGCGGAAAACUUUCAGCUGUGCAAGACAGUGCGUCACGGUUUUCCUUACCAGCCUACCGCCUUGGCCUUUGAUCCCGUGCAGAAGAUCCUUGCCAUUGGCUCAAGAACUGGUGGCGUACGAAUACUGGGACGGCCUGGGGUGGACUGCUAUUGUCAGCAUGAGAGUGGAGCAGCUGUUCUUCAACUGCAGUUCCUCAUCAAUGAGGGAGCGUUGGUCUCUGCCUGUGCAGAUGACACGUUACACUUGUGGAAUCUGCGUCAGAGGCGGCCGGCUGUUCUGCAUUCACUCAAAUUCAACAGAGAGAGGAUCACGUUCUGCCACCUUCCCUUUCAGAGUAAAUGGCUGUAUGUGGGGACAGAGCGUGGAAACACACACAUCGUCAACAUCGAGUCCUUCGUUUUGUCUGGAUAUGUCAUCAUGUGGAACAAGGCCAUCGAACUUUCAACUAAAACUCAUCCAGGACCCGUGGUUCACUUGAGUGACAGCCCAAAGGAUGAAGGCAAGUUGCUUAUAGGGUUUGAGAGUGGGACCGUCGUACAAUGGGACCUCCGGGGCAAGAAGGCCGACUUCAGAAUCUACUAUGAUGAGGCCAUCCACUCAGUCAGCUGGCAUCAUGAGGGGAAACAGUUCAUGUGCAGUCACUCCGACGGCAGCCUGACGCUGUGGAACCUCAGAAACACGACCAAGCCAUUCCAGGUCACAUUCCCUCAUGGUAAAAUACAGAAGGAUGGGAGGAAGGAGUCAUGUAAACCCAUACUCAAAGUGGAGUAUAAGACCUCAAGAAACAGUGAGCCUUUCGUUGUCUUCUCUGGGGGACUUUCGUAUGACAAGGCAGGGCGACGACCAACGUUAACUAUCAUGCACGGCAAAGCCAUCACUGUGCUUGAGAUGGACUAUCCCAUUGUAGAGUUCAUGGUGCUCUGUGAUACUCCCUACAACAAUGAGGUCCAGGAGCCUUAUGCAGUGGUGGUUCUCCUGGAGAAGGACUUAAUUGUGGUGGAUCUGACACAGAGCAACUUCCCUGUAUUUGAGAACCCUUAUCCUAUGGACGUCCAUGAGUCUCCAGUGACCUGCACAGCCUACUUUGCAGACUGUCCCCCCGACAUCAUCCCCAUCCUCUAUUCUAUAGGAGCUAAACACAAGAAAACUGGAUACAGCCAAAAGGAGUGGCCAAUCAGUGGAGGAACAUGGACAUUAGGCUCCCACACGUACCCAGAAAUCAUCAUCACAGGACAUGCUGACGGCUCUAUUAAAUUUUGGGAUGCAUCUGCAAUCACACUGCAGAUGCUGUACAAGCUGAAGACCUCCAAAGUGUUUGAAAAACCAAAGCCUGGUGAGGGCCGGGCAGCUGACUUAGUGGAAGAAGAUCCUUUUGCAGUCCAGAUGGUCAGCUGGUGCCCUCAAAGUCGCAUUUUCUGUGUGGUUGGCAUCUCGGCUCACAUCAUCCUGUAUCGAUUCAGCAAAUAUGAUGCAAACACACAGAUAGUGUCACUUGACGUACGCCUGCAGUGUGAAUCGGACGAUGUCAUUACUCCGUCGGAGAAUGAAAACAAUCCCUGCUUCCCAGAGCCAGGAUCACACUCACCCCAACCCCAUCACCAAUACCCAGCCAGCCCCAGCAGUGGAACACCAGAGGGUAACAAAGACAGCAUCCCCUGCCUCAAGGUGAAGGAUCGGGUUGUUCGAGUUCCCCCGGGCUACCAGGCAGAGCUGGUUAUCCAGCUGCUCUGGGUAGAUGGAGAGCCUCCACAACAGAUCACCACUCUGGACAUCAACUCUGCCUAUGGCCUUUUGGCGUUUGGGAACUGCAGUGGCCUAGUGGUCGUGGACUACUUGCAGAAAACCAUCCUGUUGUGUAUGUCAACACUGGAUCUGUACGGAGCCGCCGACCCCUACCAGCGCCUUACUCGCUCUCCUCGCAGGAAUAGACAGUCCACCUCAGAGUUAUGCAUGCGUGGCCUGUCUAACUUUUAUUCAGAUUCAAAGAAAAGGAUCCGUACAUCCUAUCAGAGCCUUACUGAACUCUCUGACAACCAGCAGUCCAUUGACAUGGAGAGAAGCAAGUCCCCUACUUCAGUUCAUUACCCAACCUCCCUUCACAAUGACCCGCGCGUCCUGCCAGAGCCUGUGGCCAGUCUGAGAGCCAGCCACUGCAGUCCAGUCUAUUACUUGCUGGACAAUGUAAAGGGACCCGGCAGAAAGUUAAGUCUGCCAACAGAUCUUAAGACUGAUCUUGAUCAUGUCAAUGGACAUUGCACUAGUCCUACCUCCCAGCCCUCAGCAGGGAAGCCUCGCGUCCCAAUGGGUCCCGAGGGGCCACGGCUCACCCGCAGAGGCCCUGGCCGACCGCCCUUCCGCAAGGCCCAGUCUGCUGCUUGCAUGGAGAUCUCUUUGCCUGUGUCCCACACUGAAGGUUAUGCGUCCAGGAGGGCAAUGCUUCAGCAGUUUCACGGAGUCACUAUGUACUCGCAUGACGAACACCACACCCAGAGCCCCUACUGCUGGAGUGAGCGAGAGAGUCGUGAAAACUCCUUCAGUCGCUCGCGCAGUUCCAGUGUGUCCAGCAUCGACCGGGAUACCAAAGAGGCUAUCACCACACUGCAGUUUGGGGAGUCCUAUGGGCGCAAGACCGAUGCCCUUCCCACCCCGUGUUUGUGGGUGGGCACCAGCUUAGGCGUGGUUGUGGUCAUCCCAAUGUCCAUCCCCACUGAGCAGGAGGAGAGAAUGGAGGAACCUGUCACCAUUGGCCCAAGUGGAGUUGUUCUGUUGCUGAAGGGCUCCGUGUUGCGCUUUGGCUUCUUGGACUGCAUGGGAGGGCUCAUUCAGAGCCCCCAUGAGGUUUGGCGGGACCUCAAUGCUCCCGAGGACCCCGACCGACCCAGGAGGCGCAAGCUAAUCAACUUCUCACCGUCAUCGUCCCAGGACACCUGCGGCGAGGGACACCUGGCUGUGGUUUGCUCGGAGAGGCAGGCCAAAGUCUUCUUGAUGCCCUCACAGUCCUGCCUCUUUGUCCACAACAUCACAGAGUCAUCGUUUGUACUGCGAGCCGAUGUGGUGUCUGUGUGUAACAGCGUGUGUCUGGCUUGCUUUUGUGCCAACGGCCACAUCAUGACCCUCAGUUUGCCCAGUCUAAGACCUCUGGUGAAUGUCAAUUACCUGCCUCUGACAGACAUGCGCAUUGCAAGAACCUUUUGCUUCACCAAUGGGGGGCAGGCACUAUAUCUCAGCUCCCCGACAGAGAUCCAGAGAAUUACUUACAGCCAGGAGAUGUGCGACAACCUGCAGGAAAUGCUGGGGGAGCUGUUUACACCAAUAGAGACACCAGAAGCACAGAACAGAGGCUUCCUGAAGGGCUUCUUUGGAGGAAACGCCCAUACCUUUGACCGAGAAGAGCUCUUUGGUGAAGCAGCAGCUGGAAAGGGAUCACGCAGUUUGGCGCAGCACAUCCCUGGACAGGGAGGUAUGGAGGGCAUGAAGGUAGCAGCCAGUGGAGUCGUGGGUGAUCUGGCUCGAGCCCGUAUCGCCCUGGACGAGAGAGGACAGAGACUCGGGGAGCUGGAGGACCGGACCGCUCUCAUGAUGACGAGUGCAGACACCUUCUCCAAACACGCUCAUGAGCUGAUGUUGAAGUGCAAGGACAAGAAGUGGUACCAGUUCUAAUAGCAGGACAGAAGGUUUGAGGCUGCCGUUGGACUGCUGAGGGCUUGAUGCCAGGACAGGAGCUUUCACUCUACAAAAAAAAAAAAAAAAAGAGAGAGACUCAAGAGUGAAUUUGUCUUUAUGGCUUCUGGACUGGCUACAUGUGCAGCACUGUCACCCUGUUGAAUGACAAGGAUGUGCGAGUUCCUUGUCUCGAUAUGUGGUGAUAAGGACAGAAAGAAAAUGGCUAACAGAACCUGGAAGUGGGUAAAUCUGUGGUGUGUGUCUGUGUUGCACACUCACACGCACAGGUCUGUAUGUGUGAGUGUGUAUGUGCUUGGAUUUUCUUGACCUCACUGUGUAGAUAUUAAUCCAAAAGUGAAGAAACCAACAACAACUGCAUGAUACAAAACUGGAUGACUAUUUAAAAAAUAUCCAACUGCCAUAUUAACACAACGCAGCAUGCUUCUUUAAAAAAAAAGAAAUACAACUAAAUUUUAUUUAAUGAUGUAAGCCAACAACAGAAACUAUGAAAAACUUUAUAUUUUUUGAAAUACUGAUAAAAUAUAUAUAUAUAUAUAUAUAUAUAUAUAUAAAGGGAAAUGUAUACCUGCAUUGCUAUUAAGCCAAAAGUUCUGUUCCUUUCCCUUCUUUUUUUCCCUUUUUCUUUUGUUACUUGUUACUUUUUUUUCCGAGUUACAGCAAAUAUUAUUUAACACAAUAUAAAUGCACAUAGUUUGUUUUUUCUACACACUAUAGAAUAGUGCUAAAACGUUAGUUCUUAACAAUGACUCUGGGCUGCACAUUGCAAACACGACUCAAUAGUAUUUACAUUCAACUCGACACACACACACACACUCUAAUCACACAUUUAAUUUUGUUUGGCUGCUGCUACUUAUAAAAGCAUUAAACACGUCUCACUCCCCAACUGUUAUCGUAUGGAAACAGAGAGUAGAUUGGUGUGAUGGGUACACAAUGGUCAAAAGAGUAUAUAUAUAAUAUAUAUAUAUGAACCUAUACACUAUUCACGUGCCAUAAAAAACAAGAUGAGUGACUCUACUUACUAUAAACUAACUAACAAAGAGCUAACGACUAGUGAGUAUUCAUCAUAUGUUUCCUGUUGAUCAGAACACAUGAGAGAAAGUGCUUGGAGUUGGCCAUAGAGGGCAUUUAUCAAAUCAAAAAAAAUAUAUGAUUAUGAGAAUAUUUAAGGGUAUUUUUUAUUUAUUUUAUAUUUUGGUUGGUGCUCCUUCGCCAGUCAAGUCUUUAGCUGCCUUUGUCGGAUGUACAAGUUUUGUGAGCUGUUAGGUUUUGUGCGUGUAAGAGAGAAAGAAAGAAAGAAAGAAAGAAAGAAAGGGAACUGCAAAUGUGUUAAAGCAGAAACUCCCUCUGCCAAAACAAUCGAAGAUGAAUGACAACCUCCCACCUCCCACCUCUCUCUCUCUCUCUCUCUCCCUCUCCCUCCCUCAGUCGUUUUUUGAAAAGAAUUGUGCCGUGUGCGUUUACAGCGUUGAACCUUCUCGUCAUUAUCACAUGCGAUACUUAAUUAUCUUUGUGAAGGGGAUACAAACAGGAGUUUGAAUUACAUUCGUGAGUCGUGUAUCAGUACAGGUUUCAGGAGAAGUAACAGUAUUUUAUUUUUUUUCUCAGUGAUAUUCAGAUGUUCAGUCCGUGAAGAAACAAUGUACAAUUUCAGCUGAAGGCAAAUGUGUUGUUUUUUUUAAUCCAAUCUUGUUGAUGAAUAUGAUAUCCUCUUGUCGCAGUCCUAUAUAUGAUGGUGAAGGCCUCUCAACUGAAGGCUUUUUGUAUGUUCAAAAUGACAAAAGUGUCAUGAUACAUGGUUGUGUAUCAUAUUGUGAUCAUGUUGUACAUGUCGAUGGGUAGCCACGCGACAUGGAAAUACAUCGUUAACUUGGAGGGGGAUAUUUUGUACUUGUAUAUUUGUCUGUAUUUUGAAUUGAUCUGAAAAACUGGGGGAUUAUUGAUAUCGAUCUCACACGUCAGGCCUUUAUGCACACAAGCGUUAACUCAUGUAACUCAUGUUGAUGUCACUUGUACAUAAAUGUGCGCAGUGACACAUAAUAAGCAAAAAAGGAAAGAAAAAAAAAGUAAGACAGACGCAGAUGAAUCUCAUUUUGUGUCCACUUCCUGUCAGCUGAGACAACCGUUAGCUUUUAAAUGACCUUUAAACUCACUCCCACUAGUGUCACGUGAGUGGAAAAACUAAACAUAACUUGGUUGAAUGAGAUGUCUUGAACAUAACAAGAAAAAGAAAACAAACAAACAAAAACAACAGUUCAUUUCUCUUCUCUCUCUGUACCGUCAAUGAGAUUUGUGUUCAGUGCAGGAAAAAACACAAACACACACACAAAAAUAAAACCCACAAAAAAACUAAAGAAAAUGAAACAAAAAAAAAUCGGACUUCUACUGACAGGGUGUUUUGUUAGUAUGUUUUUGUUUUUUAUAUUAACUGUACAGUUCAAUCUUGGGUGAAAGGUGAAACAAAAAAAACGAUAAAAGAUGAAGACAUUGUUGGGAUAUUUUUCUCUGUAUAUGUUGUACCUGUUACUGCUGGUACUGUAUCUGGUAUUCUGGCUCUGUCGAAAUUACUGGAACUCUGUAGUUCUUCGGUCUGUCGUAUCCUGAAAAGGCAUUUCUCUGGUUUUCUGGCAGCAAAGUUUGUCUUAUUUAAAUGGAUUCUAACACUUUUUUUGUUCUUAUUGAUAUUAUACUAGUGUAAUAGAAAUUACUUGGCAAAAAAAGAACUAAAAAUAUGUUGAUGCAAAAGCUGAAAUAAACAUUGAUUGAUGUA